GUGAGGGAACAUUUGAGAUUCUUCAGUUAUUAUUCAGAAGCUCAGCACUGCACUGUGCCUGCUGCAGGGAGAUGGAGCCGAACCGGAAUCUCGGACUUCCAUAAAACGAGUUGGCUUCGAUUUGGUCACCGUCUGGGAAAUACAGUGAUCUGCAACACCAAAAUCAACUGCAGCCUCCACAUGUAGCUGAGCAAAAUGCUGGGUUCUUGGUGAGGGUCAGAAAAUGAACGGCUCCUCCUGCUGUGAUCCUGCAGCUGUCAUGUACCAGCAGAGAUCAGGAUUUGACCUCAACGCCAGCUGUGAAUGGCCAGAUCCUCACUGUAACUGGACAUCAGUGGACGGUGCUCUGCAGCUGCCUACUUUUUCCACUGCAGCCAAGAUCAGAGUGAUCGUUACCUUCAUCCUAUGUGGCAUAUCCACUUUUUGUAAUUUGGCUGUGCUUUGGGCUGCCAAUGGGCACAAGCGUAAGUCCCAUGUUCGAGUUCUGAUAAUCAACUUGACUGCAGCUGAUCUCUUAGUUACGUUCAUCGUGAUGCCUGUAGAUGCCGUGUGGAACAUCACAGUUCAAUGGCUGGCUGGCGACCUGGCCUGCAGAUUCCUCAUGUUCCUCAAGCUACAGGCCAUGUACUCCUGUGCCUUUGUCACGGUGGUGAUUAGUCUGGACAGACAGUCAGCUAUCCUCAACCCUCUGGGCAUCGCUAUGGUCCGGAAAAGGAACAGGGUCAUGCUAAUGGUGGCUUGGAUCAUGAGCGCCUUGCUCUCAAUCCCACAGAUGUUCAUUUUCCAUAAUGUGACCAUUACCUAUCCAGCAAACUUCACUCAGUGCACCACCAGGGGAAGCUUCGUUACUCACUGGCAAGAAACCGCUUACAACAUGUUUACCUUCUGUUGUCUCUUCCUGCUGCCGCUGGUUAUUAUGAUUAUUUGCUACACCAGGAUCUUUAUUCAGAUCUCCAAACAGAUGACAAAAAAGAACAUGCCCUCCAAUGAGCCACAUCUCCGCUGCUCAAAGAACAACAUCCCAAAAGCAAGAAUGAGAACUCUGAAAAUGAGCAUUGUUAUUGUGAUCUGCUUCAUUGUGUGCUGGACUCCGUACUACCUGUUGGGUCUAUGGUACUGGUUCUUCCCAGAUGACCUGGAAGGAAAGGUCUCUCACUCUCUGACCCACAUCCUAUUCAUCUUUGGUCUGUUUAAUGCCUGCCUGGACCCCAUCAUAUAUGGCCUGUUCACCAUACGCUUCCAGAAGGGGCUGAGAAACUGCUAUCACAAAGCCGCAGUAAUGUCCAGCUUGGAGACUAAUGCAGUGAUAAUGGAGUCCUUGAAAUGUACUGGAUCUGUCUUACCCUCUAAAAGAGGCAUGACCAGUGGUGAAAAGGACAUCAGCUCUGAACAGGCUGAGGCAAAAUCCACUGACAACACCGUCUGACUAUGUUUAGUCGCAGGGAGAGGGGCAACAUUGGCAUUUCGCUGUUUAUUUACUGAACUUAUUGGUUUUACAAUUACAACAUGCAUGUGAAGAAUAAGUCUAAAGACACAUCUAUCUAUCCCUUUUAGACAAAUUAUGUCCAUGUAUCUGUGUAGCCUGUGUGAUGCUUGAGGUUGUCCAUAUUAACUUAAGGUUACAUAACCCAUUACCCAGCAAAACACAUUUACCGCUACAUGAUAUGUUUAACUGGUUUUGAGUCUGCUAUGUGAGCUGUACAUUCACCAAGAAGUGGAAAAGGUUACAACAUUGAAUAAAUGAUAGAAGUUGGUGAUUGGUUAA